UUUAGUCUGAUAAAAAAAGUGAAAUGAAAAUACAGGAAAAACAACAUAAACGGAAAGUUAGUGACUUUGAUUAUUAUUCUGUGAAAAAAAAGUUUAAAAAAAGGGGAAAAAUAAUGGAAAAAAUUGAAAAUAAAGAAAAGUUAAAAAAAGAAAUUAAAAAAAAGAAAGAAAAAAUAAAUAAAAUAGAAGAUGAAGAUUCAAGUUCUUCUUCUAGAGAUUUGGAUAAUUUUGAAGAGACAAAAAGUUUAAAAAGUCAUGAAGAAUGUGAAAAUAAUGAUUUAGAGAUAUCAGCUAAAUUUGGAGAAGCUAUGUCAAAAAUUAUAUCAUCAAAUGUAAAACCUAUUUAUAAAAAUGAUCCUAUUUUGAGUUGUUGUAUAAUGGAUAUUUCAAAAAAAAUUCAGGAUAAAAAUAUAGAAAACAAGGCAAAAGUGUUAAUUUCAAUGCAAAAAAAAGAAGAACAAGAAAAAGGAAGAAUCAAGAAUAUUAUUCCAUCAAAUAAUGAUAAGGAAGUAUCUAGAAUUUUAAAUUAUGAAAAAUUUUUACGAAAAACUGCUCAAAAAGCAGUAAUUAAUUUAUUUAAUGCCAUAAGAGCAGCACAAGUUAAAGCUGAAGAAGCAUCUAAAGACCUGAAAGAAAAAGGUGUCACAAAUACAAUAAAAAGAGAAAAGGAAGUUGCAAAAAUGUCUAAAGAAAAUUUUUUUAAUUUUAUUAAAAAUCCAAAGAAAAUAUAAUAUUAUAUAAAAAAGGCUUGCAAUUGAAUUCACUUGUAACGAUUUAUUAUAUUCUAUUGUUUAAUAUUCAUAUAUCGAUAUUAUUUUUUAAAUUGUAUGUUUCUAAUAAUAUUAAUGAUAUUUUCUAAAUAACUUAACUUUACCUGGUUGCUGCCGGGAUUCUAUAAUUUAUUAAUAAAAUAUCAAAACAUUAUUUAGUUUCUUACAUAAAAGUAAUACCAUCUAGGCUUUUAUUCAUAAUUAUUUGACAACCUAAUCUUGAUCUGCCCGAAAAAUAAGUAUCUUUUAUAUUUCAAAAUAUAUUUUUAAUACGUUUCAGUUAAUCCGAAAGCCAAAUCAAGCAUAUCUAAUUCUUUUUCUGAUUGUUCUUCCAUUUUACUAUAAUAUUUAGGAUCCACAAUAACAUGGCAUGUAGAACAUGCUAUAGAUCCUUCACAUGCACCUAUAAAUUCUUUAAAAGAACCUUCUACUAAGAAGAGUAAACAAACCCUCAAGAUCAAUAUUAUGUUCAUGUGCAAUAUCUAAAACAGAGCUACCUUCACAAACUUUCAACGUCUUCCGUUCACCAAAUGGAGUAAUAAAUGUGCAUUCUAUUCUUAAUUUUAUAUUAAAAACUUUCAUUUUUAUUAAAAGAAAUUCAUACUUUUUUCUAGAAACUGAACAUGUAAAUUUUCGAUAAAAAAAGACUACAAAAAGUUAAAAAUAAGAAAAAAAA